AUGACCACAGCAGGAAACCCCUGGGGCUGUUUCCUGGGGUACCUCAUCCUCGGUGUCACAGGAUCCUUGGCCUCGGGUGGCGGCGGCGACAUCAUCAACGGCGAGGACUGCAGCCCGCACUCGCAGCCCUGGCAGGCGGCACUGUUCACGGAAAACGAAUUCUUCUGCGGGGGCGUUCUGGUGCAUCCGCAAUGGGUGCUGUCAGCGGCACACUGUUUCCAGGACUCCUACACAAUCGGGCUGGGACUGCACAGUCUUGAGGCCAGCCAAGAGCCAGGCAGCCAGAUGAUGGAGGCCAGCUUCUCCAUACAGCACCCAGAGUACAACAAACCCUUUAUCGCCAACGACCUCAUGCUCAUCAAGUUGAAAGAAUCGGUGUCCGGGUCUGACACCAUCCGGAACAUCAGCAUCGCCUCCCAGUGCCCAGCAGCUGGGGAUUCUUGCCUUGUUUCUGGCUGGGGUCAGCUGAUUGAUGGCAGGCAGCCCCAAGUGCUCCAGUGCGUGAAUAUCUCGGUGGUGCCCGAGGAGAUCUGCAAUGCCUUCUAUGCCCCCGUGUACCACCACAGCAUGUUCUGCGCUGGCGGAGGACAGGACCGGAAGGACUCCUGCAAAGGUGACUCUGGGGGCCCCCUGGUCUGCAACGGGUCCCUGCAGGGUCUCGUGUCUUUUGGACAAGCCCAGUGUGGCCUACCCUACGUGCCAGGCGUCUACACCAACCUCUGCAAGUUCACUGACUGGAUACAGAAAACCAUCCAGGACAGUUAA